UUCACACCCUCGACUUCCUCAGUCUUCUUCUUUCUGACCGUGGAACUGAACAUGAUGCCCUUGUUGGUUUGCUUGUAUGUCAGCGUGAGUCUUAACACAGUGUGUGUGUUGCUGCAUCAGAUUAGAUCAUUGGAUAUAGAAACGUAUGAUUUGAGUUAUGAGAGUCGACUUCAACAGAACUGGAUGAGAGGAAACAGUUUGAACCCAACAGGGUUCAAUUGUCUCUGGUGUUGAUUCCAGAUACUUGACGUCAGUGUGAACUUCACUUCUCCUCAUGUCGGCCAUAAGUGCAUAAAAAUAAGAGGGAGGAGGAAGUGACACGUCGCUAAUAAGAGGAAGUAGAUUCAACUUUCGUCUUGAAGACGGAACAAGUUCAGAGAGGAUAGAAGAAGCAGAGAGACGAGAGACGAGAGACGAGAGGAGCGAUGGCUGAGCUCAGAUGGAUUAAAGCCUCUUGGUUUCUGGUUCUGGUGCUUCAGUUUACAGCAGCAGCAACAGGACAACGUUACCCCUCCUUCACUGUCAGAGAUGGAGAUGAAGUCUCUUUGCCUUGUUUCAAUGUGAUGGAUUAUCAUAAGAACUGUGACUCUUCUGAUUGGCUCUUUGAUGAUUUAAAGAGUACAGUAGCAGUAUUUCUGGUUAAAGAAGGGCAGAUUGAUGCUGAAGCCAAAGAUAAAUCAGACAGACUGAGUGUUUCAGAGAAUUGUUCUCUUGUUAUAAAGAAGGUCACCGAUGAAGAUGCUGGUCGUUAUGUGUGCAGACAGUACAGAUCAGGACACCAACAAGGUCAAGAUGCUCUGGUUAUUCUGUCUGUUGUGACCAUGACUGAACACAAGGACUCUGAGGAGGUGAUCUGCUCUGUGUCCACAUAUGAAAAACCAUGUCGACACAAAGUGAAGUGGCUGAUUGAGGAAGAAGAGGCGGAGGAAGACCACCAAGACAUGAUGACAUCACAGUCUUCCUGCUCUGCCUCUCUGAAGGUGAAGUCUGGUUCCUUUAACACAUUGAGGUUUAAUUCAUGGGUGUGUGAAGUGACCGUUGGCGACCAAGUGCAGAAGUUUACAUUCAGAAAUCCUCCUUCAGGUGAUAAAAGAGACACAACAACAACAUCAACAACAACAACAACAAAUGGAGACAACUUAAAAUCAGUUUGGUGGUAUGUUAUUGGGGCUGUGGGUUUAGUCAUACUCCUAAUAAUCAUAACCAUCGUGGCUGUCAUCAAAUGGAAGAGAACUAAUGGGAACACAAAACAAGCGGAUGCCAAUGCCGCUGGUCCUGAAGAAGAUGUGUCCUACUCCUCCGUCAGCUUCGCCAAGAAGACCAACAGCGGGGCCCAGGCGGAUCCUGAAGAAGGUGUUUCCUACGCCUCCGUCAGCUACACCAAGAACACCGACGGUCGCGCCCAGGGUCGGAGUAAACGUGGUGGUGAUGAUGAUGCGGUGACCUACGCGUCGGUGAAGGUUUCCUCCACUGUUCCCAGCAGCCUCUACUCCACCGUCGUCUUCACCUGACCAAACACACAGACCUUAAACAUCUUAUUCUUCGGACGGAAGUGGCGUCUCAAUGUAAAAAAAGGAGGCACUAUCUCAACAUGUAUGUAAUGUAACAUGUGUGGGUGCUUACUUACUUUAUAACAUGUUGCUCAAUGAACUCGCUCUAAUGCACUUUGUUGUGCUCAGAGACGCUUUAUCUCAUCUUAGGAUAUAGCAAUGUUGCUGUUUUUUGCUUCGAUAACAUAAUAUGUUCAUGAGCAAUAAUUGAUCAAACUUGAGCAAUUUUGCCAAUUUGUUCUCAUCUUGUUCUUUAUUCUCCAACUGUCUUAUUGUAUUCGUUUGUUUUGCAAUAAUUUGACUUUUAAUGUAUUCUUUUCAUCAAAGUGUUCAAAGCAAACGUAUGAAACUGUUGAGUAAAUACACGCGAUCCAGUA